AUGAAUAUGUUGGAUGAUGAAGAUGACCAAAGCUUUCACGCUACGCGUGACGGCUACUCCCAUUUGAGCGAUAUCGAAUGGGAUGCGGUUGAACGACUGGGUUCAACCAUGGGCAUCCAUGCUGUUAGCGUCAUGCUAGAGGUUCUCAAUAGAGAUGUCCAACAUGCUACUAUCGCCAAGUUCAUUCAAAAUGAACUUGACGCUGAACGCGAGAAAUUUGAACUGUUGAGACAGCAGCAAGCUGCUGCUGGUGGGUCGAUGCACUCGCGUCGACCCGAGACCUUGAAGAUUGACAUCUCCAAGUAUAAGGGAGUCGAAGAGGACUCCCUCUUGAGAUGGUUCGUCGAAUUGGAUGACGCCAUAAGGGCGCGUCGCAUCGACGACGGGGCAAUGCAAGUUGCAUUUGCCCAAUCAAAUCUGGCAGGACGUGCCAAGACUUGGGCUUUGGGGCUCAAGUUGCACGUCCAUAUGCGUUUGGGUCGUCAGAAGUCUUCAAGUCGCGGCUCAGACAAACGUUUGAACCGCCUAGAGCCGAGAAUCAGAUCCUAA